ACUGGUGAAGAUCGCCUUCCAGUCCCUAGGCCUCAAACCCGAGUUGUCUGCAACUCUGUGUCUCUGUGGAACCGGAAUAUAGCGCGCUGCCCGCUGGUGAUGUCAUAGAACACAUAGCGCUUACUAUAAGUAGAAGUCGGAACGAAGACAUGAACUUGUUUCCAACCCCAUCUUCUCUACGACUACGACCAUGGAGUCAAUCAAUACCCCAGUUGGUUUUGAGCUCGAAAUCACAUUGAUGCCACUACAAGAUACCGUUACCGAGCUCAUAGAUUUCGGAUCUCGAAUGGAACCCACCAAACGUGAUAUAUCCCACAAUGCCACUGCGAUACAUCACUUCCUGAAAUCUCGCCUCAACCACGGUCUUAAAGAUGCUGGUACCUACUCGCAAUGGAACGUCAUGGCUAAUGGUACUGUGGCCUACGAAAACCCCUACUACGGCCUCUCCGAGACUUUCUGUCGGCUCAUGGCAAAGUGCCAUACAGCAUAUGUUCAACACGCUCAAGGACCUUAAUCAAUUCCGAUCGCUUCAGCCCAUUGAAGAUUCGCGGGACACAAUCGAGUUCCAACUUUUCCCUUCCACAACAAACCCUGCAAUAUUUCAACAAUACGUAUUGUUUGCGUUAGCUCUCCUCUCGUCCGCUAUACGAGUCAGCACAACAUACUAUACCAAUCGCAUCGCGGAACUACAAAACGCUACUCUGGAUGACCUUCGCCAGUUCAUUGCUCCACACCCCCAUGAAGCAUUUCGAUACUGCACAUUGUUCAGCGGAAAGACCCAUGAUGCAGAUGCCAAACGAAACGAGCAGCGGCUUUUGCCAGCAGAGUGGGCCCAGGAAGCCGAGGAGGCCCGCCGCCGCGCUGCGAACUCGACUCCACUUCCGAUAGUCGAGAUACCUUGUGAUCGUGCACUGGUAUUCAUGUAUUCACUGUCUGUUCGCAUCGAUGUCGCAAAGCUCGCUGUCUAUUCACAUCGACGUUUUCGCAACCAUCAUGCAUUCACUGUCUCUUUCACACGGACGUUUGCCAAGGGCUUUCUGUCUCUUCUCUGCCACCGUCUGUUCCCGUCAACGUUUUCGCAGGGCUUUCCACCCGUUCGGCGGGCCUUCGCUGGCACGCAUUCAUCGUUUCUUCGUAUCAAUAUUUCGGCGCCAGGGCUUCGCUUAUCCUCAGGGUUUUCACGAGUCUCAAAAACUAGUUUUUGACGAGUUUUGUAUGCAGUUUAGAAAACAAUUUUUUUGAGCUAUUCUGA